UCUUGCUAGCUGCCUGCUCUGAAACAUGCCUCUACCUGCUGUGGAUCCUCCUAGCUGAACGCUCUGGCUUCUCUCUGCUGCAUGGUCUGUGUCUCUGCUUCACAGCCUCCUGACCAGAUAAGGAUGGGAUUUGCCCAGAGGAGUUGAAGCUGAGCUGCAUUCAACAAGAUGUCCAACUUUUCUUCCUCUUCUGUUUGGAGUGCGAGCUCCUCUCUGCUGCUGCUGUGUGAAGAAUCCGCGGGGACCAGAAUCUCCUUGUCUCUCAUCUAUUCGCUGUUAGCCCUCGUGGGGACCUUAUCCAAUGUGAUGGUCAUUUACUUGGUCUUCUCCUUCAGGAAGCUACAGACCACCAGCAAUGCCUUCAUCGUGAACGGCUGCGUAGCUGACCUGAGUGUCUGUGCCCUCUGGAUGCCGCAGGAAGCGGUGCUGGGGCUGUUGCCAGCUAACUCCUCUUCUUCUCAUUCAGCAGAAUACAGGCUGCUGCGGGGUGGGCUCCUUGGCCUUGGCCUCACUGUCUCCCUGCUCUCCCACCUGCUGGUGGCCCUCAACCGGUAUGUGCUGAUCACCAAGGCACCCAGCACUUACCAGGCACUCUACCAGCAGAGGCGCACAGGGUGGAUGAUCGGACUUUCCUGGGGACUUGCACUGGUCUUGGUGCUACUGCUGCCUGGGCUCUGGACACAAUGGCUCUCACAGCAGUCAUCCCAGCAGGAGAUCAGCAGUGCCAGCAGCAGUUCACACUACACUGCCCUGCUGUUAGCGCUGGCCAUGCUCAGCCAGACCGUGCUGCUGCUCCAUUGUUACCUGGGCAUCAUGAGACGGGUGCGGGUCAGCGUGAAACGGGUCAGCGUCCUCAACUUCCACCUCCUGCAUCAGCUGCCCUUCCCUGCUGCCCCACCGCCUGCCCGCCGGGUUCAGCGGCGCCUCAGCAGCAUCUCCGUGCUGCUCCUGUGCUGUGUCUUCCUCCUGGACACCCAGCCCGUGGUCUGGGUGAGCCUGCUGGGCUUCUUCCUGCAGUCCGUGCCCCGGGCACUGCAGGUGACCAGCUGGCUUCUCUUCUGCUCCCUGUCUGCAUUCAACCCGUUGCUCUAUACCUGGAAGAAUGAGGAAUUCAGGCGUUCUGUGCGCUCAGUGCUGCCCAGAGGAGAGACCCCAGCUGUAACUGUGGCUGCAGCUGCAGCAGCUGCUGCCCUCCCCACAGUGUCACUGCCUUGCCAGGAGCAGCCGCAGCUGGGUACCAAAGUUGAGAGCCUGGGGAACCUAGUGCUCCAAUGAUCUGCUUGGGGAAUGCAUUCACUUCCAGAGGUAGCAUCUGACACAUUUGGGAUGAGUGUGAGCGUAGAUGACUCACAGAACUGCACAGCAGAAUUCUCCACUCCCUACGGGAAAGACGUUGAACGCUGCCUUACAGACACAGCCAGGUUAAAAUGUAUAUCAAACCAAUUUCCUUCCCUAUGUAAUAGACAUCACCAGGGAUUUAUUUCUCUCAGCUUGGACUAUGCCACUUAGACUUGUUUAUGGUUGGUUUCACUUCAUUCUCUGGGUCUUUUACUUUAGCAGGAUGUUGGGGUUGCAAAUGCGGCCUUGUAAAAACAUUUCCAGGGAUACUGUUCUAUAGGUCCUGGAGCUGCUCAAACCCCCUCACCAGAGGGUGGUGCUUAAAUGCUGGUGCAUCAUAGGCAUAUUUAAAUGAGGGCCUCAGGGUUCUAGACAGGCACCCAGAAGUUGGGAUACUGAUGCAAACCUGGGGCAGCCCCCACGACCCUCCAUCCCACAAAUCCUCAGCACAUCCGCUUGGGUGGAUGCCCCCUGAAAUGUAUUUGGAGAAGGGCAGCAGGUUCACUCCUCUGCUUGCAUCUUAAGGGGAGGAUGUUAUGCCCGUUCCUCUCCUCCAGUUUCUCCCUUCACCCUGAAGGUUGGUGGGGCUUCUCCAUCUUUCUUUCCCCACCCACCCCUUUGAAGUCCCUCUCUCCCUUGCUAUUGAAAUCCUAUUUCUCUCCUCUUUUUUUUAACCCCCUUUCUUCUGUGAAUUAGUUUUUUUUCUCCUUCCCUGCCCCCUCAAUUUAGCUCCUUUUUUGUGCCCCCCAAUUUGCCCUCUCCCCCCAGUUUUACUCUCUGCCCCCUCUUUUUUACUGCAGCAAUGGGGAGGCUGAGAGUCUCUGGUCAGCACAGCUAGGGGACUAGGAGAUGGGGAGUUGGUGUUCGUCACACCCACUGUGUAGCCUGGGGUUUCUCACCCCUGCCUCCGCCUCUUCUGCUGGUAUCUUUAGUGCACAGAAGCAGACAAGCCCUCAGCCACAGGCUGCAGCCUGCCUUCUCUGCCCAGCAUUAUCUAAUGGCAGGAACGUCGCUCCAAUUUUUUUUAAUUGCCUGUCUGGUGCAAAAGUUAGAGCCUGCAGGUCUAGGUUUAGAAACAAGGGCAGUCCUGGCCAAAUUGGGAUAAUUGGUAAAUAUGCUUAGGAAUGUAAUUCCUUUCUUAAAAAACCCAACCUGUUCCAGUGAAAUAAAACACCCAUCCAAACACCUCUACCAAACACCUCUACCGAGAAUCUGCUUUGCAAAAGCUUGUUUCUUAUAAAAUAUAAAAAAAGAACCCUGACAGUAUCUCUUUAAAGUGACCACAAUGCUCACUCCACAAUGCUCACUCAAUCCAAAUCCCACCAUUCCCAGUGCACUGGAGAUGUUAUGCAGAAGUUAGUUACAAUCUCCCAUAAUCUAAGGAAUCCAGGAACUGCUUCUGCUAGCUCCCAUUUCUCUCCUAUGCUCUCCAAGCAAAAUCCUCCUUGUACUUCCCACUGGAGGUAUCAGGGAUGAAGAGGAAUAAAUUACAUACUGAAACACUCUUAUAUUAAUGGAGAAAACUCUGUUUUUUAACAUAAUUUGCUUUGGAUUCUUUUGGACAGCUCUUUAAAUAAAACA